AUGGCUAUUCCGGCUAACUCUGCCCUACAAAUCGGCAUCAACGGAAUCAAGGUCUUCCACGGGUAUCUAUACUGGGCGAAUAGCUUUGAGGCUACCAUUUACCGACUGAAACUCGAUGCUAAGGGGUAUGCUGCCAAAGGCGCAAAGGUGGAGCCUGUGGCUGUUGUGGACGCAGCUUUCAUAGAUGACUUCACCAUCGAUUCAACUGGUGUAAUUUGGGCGGCGACCAAUUUGGACAAUCGUGUGUUGGCAAUCAAACCGUUUGGAGAGAAUGUAGUUGUCGAAGGUUCUCUGACCGAACUCACAGUAGCUGGAGACACAGCUGCAGCAUUUGGUCGCCUGAAGGCCGAUAAAAAGGUCCUGUACGUUUCGACAAGCGGGGCCGAGGGAGCUCCAGUCAAUGGCACUAUAACAGAGGGAGGGAAGGUUGUUGCUAUUGACACAAGUGGUUUCAAGCUCUGA